AUGGAGGAGAGUGAGUUUCGAAACCUCCUAAGCAAGUACUUCCCGGCGCUUUACGACAUCAAAUUUCUCAUGAAGAGUCGCCCCACUCUCAAAGGUGGACUGCAAGACACCGCGGAAGAGACAGGCGUUCCCCCGGUCGGACCGUAGCACCAGGCUGGAAGUGAUAGCUUUUUGACUGCGAAUAUCUUUUUCGAGAUGGCGGGAAAGUUCUACGACGAGAAGACUGAUGACGCCAAGUAUCUGUACGUUAUAUGA